AUGGUCAGCAAAAACGUAAAGCAGCUUUUCCAAUAUCUUACAAAAAACGACAUUUCAGUGCGAAAUUAUGGAACAGCAAAACGUGUUGUGGCAGCAAAGCCGGUUGUGGAGAUGGAUGGAGAUGAGAUGACACGUAUUAUUUGGGAGAAAAUUAAGGAGAAACUAAUUUUUCCGUAUGUCAAGUUGGAGUGCUUAUAUUACGAUUUGGGUCUACCUCACCGAGACGCUACCAACGAUCAGGUGACUAUUGAUGCUGCCCACGCCAUUCUCAAGCACAAUGUCGGCAUCAAGUGCGCUACCAUAACACCAGACGAGCAGAGAGUUGAAGAGUUCAAGUUAAAGAAGAUGUGGCUGAGUCCAAAUGGAACGAUCCGUAACAUUCUCGGCGGUACAGUUUUCCGGGAGCCGAUUUUAUGCAAGAGCAUUCCCCGAUUGGUGUCAGGCUGGACCAAACCCAUGGUCAUCGGGCGUCACGCUCACGGCGAUCAGUACAAAGCGCAAGAUUUCGUGGUAUCGAAACCAGGGAAGGUUGAGUUAGUGUACACUACAAAUGAUGGAACAACAGAGAGACAUUUACUGUAUGACUUCAAAUCUUCCGGCGUAGCAAUGGGCAUGUACAACACUGAUGAAUCAAUAAAAGCUUUUGCUCAUUCUAGUUUUCAGGUGGCUUUACAAAAGAAAUGGCCGCUGUAUCUUUCCACAAAGAAUACUAUCCUGAAACGAUAUGAUGGUCGUUUCAAAGACAUAUUCGAAGAAAUUUAUGAGAGUACAUACAAGAAGCAGUUUGAGGACGCUAAGAUUUGGUACGAGCAUCGGCUGAUUGAUGACAUGGUAGCGCAAGCGAUCAAGAGCUCCGGUGGGUUCGUGUGGGCCUGUAAGAAUUACGAUGGAGACGUGCAGUCCGACGUAGUGGCACAGGGCUACGGUUCGCUGGGAAUGAUGACAUCGGUGCUGAUGUGCCCGGACGGGCGCACGGUGGAGUCGGAGGCGGCACACGGCACCGUGACGCGACACUACCGCAUGCACCAGCAGGGCAAGCCCACCUCCACCAACCCCGUCGCCUCCAUCUACGCUUGGACUCGCGGCCUCAUACACCGCGCCAAGCUCGACGGCACCCCCGACCUUGAGCGCUUCGCUCUGGCUCUUGAGGAAGCAUGCGUGGAAUGCAUCGAUAGCGGCAAAAUGACGAAGGAUUUGGUUAUUUGUAUUCAUGGUAUGGCCAACACUAAAGAGGGCAUGUAUUUACAUACAGAGGACUUCCUACAAGCUAUAGCUGAUCAACUCGAACGUAAAUUGUCUAAGUAA